CGGCUAUAUGGAAACAGCAUGAGAGAAAACAUGUGUCCUUUUGUGUCAUUAUAAUCGCAAACAUGGGCGACAGAAACGAGAAGGGCUCGGCGAAGCACCGGCGGAGGACUACGAUCUCCGGAGAGGCGGCGGUGACUCAAGCCAAACGCGGCGGCGCAGCAGAGACGCUGAGCGGGCAGGUGAAGGAGAAAGAGCCGCAGAAACACGAGAAUGCAGCCGGUAGACAGAAGAACCACAGCGAUGCUGGAGAGGACACAUUCAGCUGUCACAAGCUGCAGGAGUCACUGCUCAGUUCGGCCAGUGGUUUUAGCAACUACAGAGGAAUCCUCAACUGGUGUGUGGUCAUGCUGGUUUUGUCUAACGCACGGCUCGUGCUGGAGAACCUUAUAAAAUAUGGCGUUUUGGUGGACCCCAUCCAGAUCAUCUCUCUGUUCGUGAAGGACCCCUGCAGCUGGCCGGCUCUGUGCCUGAUCAUCGUCACUAACGUCUUCAUAAUGGCGGCUCUGUACACCGAGAGAAAGCUGUCUGUGGGCACCAUCUCUGAGAGAACCGGAUCUUUCCUUCACUGCAUCAAUCUGUCUGCACUGUUGUUUGUGCCGGCAGGAACGGUGCUAAGCCUGAGCUCCGUCACACCAGUGGGCGGUGUGAUGGCACUGAGUAUCUGCACUGUUCUCUUCCUCAAGCUUUACUCGUACACAGAUGUUAAUAAGUGGUGCCGAGAACAGAGACAAGCCAAAGCUCGAACCCUGUCUCGCUCUCACUCCUGUCCGUCCGUGCACAAAGCAAAUGGCACAGCGGGAUACACACACGUGACGUAUCCGGGAAACCUCACACACAGAGACAUUUAUUAUUUUGCUUUUGCACCGACUCUGUGUUACGAGCUGAAUUUUCCGCGCUCACCACGAAUACGCAAACGUUUCCUACUGCGGCGACUGCUGGAGAUGCUGUUUCUAAUGCAACUGAUGGUCGGAUUAAUACAGCAGUGGAUGGUUCCGACGAUUCAGAACUCUAUGAAACCCUUUCAGGACAUGGAUUUCUCCAGAAUGGUGGAGCGGAUGCUGAAACUCGCUGUGCCCAAUCACUUUAUCUGGCUCAUCUUUUUCUAUUGGUAUUUCCACUCCUCUAUGAACUUCGUAGCAGAGAUCAUGCAGUUCGGGGACCGCGAGUUUUACCGCGACUGGUGGAACUCUGAAACGAUUCCUUAUUUCUGGUCAAACUGGAACAUUCCUGUUCACAAGUGGUGCCUACGACACUUUUAUAAGCCCAUGUUGAUGCGAGGAGCAAAUCGAUUAGCAGCUCAGAUCGCCGUCUUCUUCCUCUCCGCUUUUUUCCACGAGUAUUUAGUGAGUGUUCCUCUCAAGAUGUUUCGGCUCUGGGCGUUUCUGGGUAUGAUGCUGCAGGUCCCGCUGGCCAUUUUGGUUGGCCGAUACCUGAGGGGUAACUAUGGCAACGCCGCCGUGUGGAUGUCUCUGAUCAUCGGCCAGCCAAUCGCAGUGCUCAUGUACGUCCACGACUACUACGUGUUGCAUUAUGGCAGCGCGUCUGAGGCCGCAGCGCCGUGACGCAGCCGCUUCCGCAAUAAUGUUGAAUGUAAAGAAACAAUGCGUCUAUUUUCAGGAGGGAGAUUUCAGAUUUUUAUCUAAAUGACUGAUUAUUAUUGAUAAAGGCACUUGGAAGGUGAGCAGACGUGUUUUUAAAUCCCACGCAAACACUGCCGAGCCAAAGCAGCACGUCAUCGCGAACACUGAAUCAUCCGUGCGUGUCAUUUAUAUUCAUGUGAUGUUUUUACUUCAGAUUUGUGCUUUUGGUGGUGUGUUUGAUUCAAUCUGUGAGUUUCUGGCACUUUAUUGAAGACUGCAUGACAUUUGUCAGCCUCUAGAAGAAUGUAACAUGCUUUUUUUACUCGAUUUUAGUAUUUGCUGUUCAUUUUGAUUAGGAAAAUGUACAAAUGAGACUUAUAAACAUUUAUAUAUCUGUGAAAAUGAUAAAGCCAAAAAGAUUAAUUACUUGCAAUAUUAUUUAAAUGUGAUUUUAUGGUGUAUAUACACUCACCGGCCACUUUAUUAGGUACACCUGUCUAACUGCUCGUUAAUCAGCCAAUCACAUGGCAGCAACUCAAUGUAUUUAGGCAUGUAGACAAGGUCAAGACGAUCUCAAUGUGAGCAUCAGAAUGAGGAAGAAAGGGGAUUUAAGUGACUUUGAACUUGGCAUGGUUGUUGGUGCCAGACGGGCUGCUCUGAGUAUUUCAGAAACUGCUGAUCUACUGGGAUUUUCACACACAAGCAUCUCUAGGGUUUACAGAGAAUUCUCCGACUGCAGCAACUGCGUGAUGCUAUCAUGUCAAUAUGGAGCAAAAUCUCUGGGGAAUAUUUCCAGUAGCUUGUUGAAUCUCUGCCAUGAAGGAUUCAGACAGUUCUGAAGGCACAAAGACGUCCAACCGGGCACUAGUAAGGUGUACCUAAUAAAGUGGCCGGUGAGUGUUCAUCAUUACAGCUGUUUAUUUGUACGUUUUUAAGCCUUUAUAUCAGUCUUUUCACUGUAUUGGAUCUGGAUAACAUGUCUAGAUUGAUGUUUAUCACAGCAGCGGGAGGUAAACUCGCUUGAUUUCAUUGCAAAUGCAAUAAGAAAAUGCCAUUUUUAAAUGCGUUUCUACAAAACCAGAUUAAACUAAACAACCAGCAGAAUCUAUUCCAGUUUGUACCCGCUCAUGUCGAAUAAACUUUUUAAAACAG